GAGAUUUGGGGCAGUAAGACUGAGUGACGGAGAGAGGAGGAGACAGAAGACAGGUGGAGAGGGAGAGAUAUCUAAGGAGAGCAACAGAGUAAAGCAGAGAGAGAGAAAAUAGUGAUGAAAUAUUUGUGAGAAUAUUUGCUAGAGAGGUAAAAUCUGUAGAUGAAUCUUAAAUCUCCCUUGUAUGAAAUCUAUUGUACUCUUCAAGUCGGGCCUUGAGAGGUUCUUUGAUUUCUCUGCAAACAUCAUUCUAGCUCGCAAACACCUCCACAACUGAACAACAAUGCAGCAAAUCUGGCUCUCUCUAUUAUCUGGCCUGUGCCUUCGCCUGGUUUUCCUUUGUAGGGCUGAGGAAGGUCUCGAGUUCCCUAAUUUUGACGGGAAGGACAGGGUGCUGGACAUCAACGAGCGCAACUACAAGAAGGCUCUGAAGAGAUACGACCUGCUGUGCCUGUUCUACCAUGAACCACUGCCUGCCAACAAGGGCCUGCAGAAGCGGUUCCAGAUGACAGAGCUGGUGCUGGAGCUCACAGCUCAGGUCCUGGAGAACAAAGACAUCGGUUUUGGGAUGGUGGACUCCCAGAAGGAUGCCAAAGUAGCCAAAAAACUGGGUCUGGAGGAGGUGGGCAGCUUGUACGUCUUCAAGGACGACCGUGUCAUUGAGUUUGAUGGGGAGCUCUCAGCAGACACACUGGUGGAGUUUCUGUUGGAUGUGCUGGAGGACCCAGUGGAAAUGAUCAAUAAUGCCAUGGAGCUGCGAGCCUUCGAGAGGAUGGAGGAAGACAUCCGCCUCAUUGGAUACUUCAAAGGGGAAGAUUCAUACUACAAAGCUUUUCAGGAGGCCUCAGAGCGUUUUCAACCUUACAUCAAGUUCUUUGCUACAUUUGAUAAAUCUGUAGCCAAACAUCUCUCCCUCAAAAUGAACGAGGUGAAUUUUUAUGAGCCGUUCAUGGAGGAGCCGGCCAUCCUGCCUGGUAGACCUCUGUCAGAGAUGGACAUUGUCGAGUUUGUCAACCAGCACAGAAGGGCUACUUUGAGGAAGCUCCGGGCAGAGAAUAUGUUUGAAACAUGGGAGGACGACAUGGAUGGAAUACAUAUUGUUGCGUUUGCUGAGGAGGAAGAUCCAGAUGGCUAUGAGUUCCUGGAGAUCCUGAAAGACGUGGCCAGAGACAACACCAACAACCCAGAGCUCAGCAUCGUCUGGAUCGACCCCGAUGAUUUCCCUCUGCUGACCACUUACUGGGAAACAACCUUCAAAUUGGACCUGUUUAGACCUCAGAUUGGUGUGGUAAACGUCACAGAUGCGGACAGCGUGUGGCUGGACAUGUCCAACGACGAGGACCUGCCCACCGCUGAGGAGUUGGAGGACUGGAUAGAGGAUGUCCUGUCAGGGAGGGUGAACACGGAGGACGAUGAUGAGUCUGCUGACGACCAGGAAAACCCUGAUAGCUACGUCACAGAGGACAGCUAUGAAAGUCAGGACCCAGAUGAGGAAGAUGACGGCGAUGACUAACCUGAAGGGUUGGGCUAGUGUCCCGGAAGUUCAGACCUGGGUCAAAAUACUGAAUCUGCUUGGCACGUUAGAACCAGAUUACUGACAUUAUCUCCUUUUUUUCAAAUAAUUUAAAAGAAGUGAAAUUAAAAGACAAUGUGUGGUCUCCCAAAAAAUUCAAAAUUCUAGACUCGUGGUUUAAUGUGGUUUAAAUAGUUAGGCAGAUAAAAAAGAACUGAUUUAAGGUCAUCAUAGGAAAUUUUGGCCAAGUUUAUAAUAAAGUUUACAGAGUGCCUGAAACAGUAAUUCUCCUGUACUCACCAAGGAUAAAGAUAUCAGCAUAUUAAAGUUUCUGUGUCGCAUACACAUGUAAGUUAAAGCGCCAUUAAUAGAUUUUGGCUGGGGGCAGCGCAACAAACUGUAAACACAACACUAACAUUUUAUCAUCUUUUAAGCUGGUAUGGCUAACAUGUUAGCAAACAGUUUCCUAUUUAGACAUCCAGCAGACAUGGAGCAACAUUAGCAUUCAUUUGUUGUCUUGUUUCAGGUCAAAUGAUGAAUCAAAGUCCUGUUUUGGUCUCCACCAAAUACUGAGGGAAACAUCUGGCUCUUCAGUUGCUAAAUGCUCCACUAUGUUCACCAGCUAGCCGCUAAUUUUGCCUGUCUGCUGUUUGGUGGUGGACAAGCAGUGUACAGUUGGGUUUUAGAGCUUUUCGCUGAAAGCAGCUUCCUGAAAUGCGUGGAAACAAUGCAGAUGUGAAUCAAAACAUUAAAGCUGCAGGCCAUAAAACCAAAACAACAAGCCGAAAGAACCUAAAACCAUCCAUAAAGCUGAGGGGAACAGCAGAGUCUGGUGAUAAUUCUUUGUGAGUUCUUAAUGAUUGACUAAUCGAUUACAUUACACAUAUGUUAAUAUAAAAAUAUUGAUUGUAGCAGCUUUAAGGUUGACAUAAAUGAUUAGAUAGUUAAGAGGAAUUCUAUUAGUGUGUGUGUGUAUAUAUAUAUAUCUAUGUGAAACUAAAUGACAGAUGUUUUUGUUCUAAGUAGAAUAGUGCUUGAAUUGUUUUCUUGUGAUUAAAUCAGGGCAAAAUAAAAUGAAUAGUUCUGUAUAUAAAAUGUUAAUAGACUAAACCUGAAUUAAAAGAGCAACACAGAAAAGUAUUAAAAGCACUGUUUUAAGAACAUUUUCAUGAUGUAAAACACUGUGAAUGUGAAUCACCUCUGCUGUUUUUAAGGGGGUGUGUGUGUGUGUGUGUGUGUGUGUGUGAGAACAUGCACUUCAGUUCUCUCCCUCAUUAAGAAGGUCCAGACUGCUCAAGACAGCAGAUUGGCACAUUUUCUCCUUUAGUCAAUGAGCCUUUUCAACCUUGAAUUAUUUAAACAUCAGUGAAUAAUUCAGCAUCAUUAUGCCUCCUAAUGGGAGAAGGGACCUGGACAGUGAGGCUGGGGAAAGUCGGGGGUGAGGGAGUUGGGGUGAGACAGGCUAAAAGGCUGCCCACCAGGGCCCAGCAAACUGCAUAUGGAGCGGACAUACUCCUGCUGAACCCAUACUGCUGGAUAUGAAUUAAUAAUACAGGGCCAUGCAAGAAUCAUUAUUCCCCUGGAGGUGGAUGUGAUGCAGUGUGUAAACAGGAUGUUUAUAUCAUGGUGUGAGAUUUACACAUAAUCCAUGCCAUAGCUGAAAGAUGAUCAACUGCGUGUGUGCAUUUAAACGUGACCUGAGGCAAGAAGACAUGUCGCGCUCUCUCCUGAGGAAAAAGACGCAGACAGUGUCAUGGUGCAAGUGUUGUGAUGUUCUCCAGGGCCUUUAGGUUACAUAAUCCUGUGAAUGUCAAGUGUGAUGGUGUUUUACAUGAACGUUGACUAAAAGGAGGGCAGGAGGACUGAUUUCUCACACACACACACACACACCUCCUUACUCCCCAGAGAGGAAGGACGACAGCAACACAUAGUGGGUGUGAGGGUCUGACAGAUUCAAUAUAAAACAGCAAAGAACAAAGCAAAGAGUAAGAUGUAUUAAGGUGUAAGAUUUCUGUUCAAAACUGAAGCCACUAGAAGAUAGAAGGAUUUUCUCUCAUGCCUCGAUCUGCACAUAACCAAGUCAUUACCAAACAAAUAGAGAGGGAGGAAUGAAGGGAAGAAAAACAUUCCAUUUAGAUGCAAAUGCUCCUCAUUUUCCUCUCUAUUCAUUCCUCUCCUCCUCGUCCCGGUCCUGCACAGAGCAGGCGAGUACGAGAGGGGGAUUAAGCCGAGGACAGAUGAGUUCCGACAGGCGGCCUCGCGCCCUGGGCUCGCGGAGGGAUGAGGUUGUUUGUUUUCAGCACCGGACACUGACACUGACAUUCAUUUACCCACAAGGCCCGGCUGCACCACUCUGACAGGCUGAUGGCAAGCCAAUUACCAUGGAGCUUCAUGACAACAAAAAGCCACCAAAAUAAGGCCAAAACCCCUGAAAUUUGCUCCGGCAUGUCACACAGCAGGGCCAGAUGAAUGGGCAGGGACAGAGGAGAGUGUUAGCAAGCUUGCAGCCAGGGCAAGUGUAGAUAGUGCAUAUGGAGAUGCUGAGGAUUAAGUGUGGUGGAAUGGGAGAGAGGAAAUUAAAGACACUGCACAC